AUGUCUUCCCAGCCACGAUAUAUUGCAAUUACCCAGCGCAAGCAGGCAGAGCUUUCUGCUGCUAUCCCUGCGGAGUGGCGUCUACCCGCUCACGCCAUUCCGGAGGGUAUGCUUUCUAUCGCCGAGUCGAUUACCGAGGGCCCGAAGAAAUAUGAGCGCGUGAGUGUGAUGGAUAUUCCACGCACUUGUGGUCUUCUUUCUGCCAAGGAGUUGGAUAUAACUGAGAAGUAUGAUAUCCGAGGACUUGUUGCUGAGAUGUCGGAGGGAAGACUCAAGGCCGAAGAUGUGGUGCGCGGGUUUUGUAAGAGGGCAGCUAUUGCUCACCAAUUGACUCGCUGUCUUACCGAGCCCCUUUUUGACCGUGCAUUGAAACGAGCCCAGGAGCUAGAUGCCCACCUCCAGCGCACGGGCACCCCGGUCGGCCCCCUCCACGGUCUGCCUGUCUCAGUGAAGGAUACAUUCAAUGUACAAGGAGUGGACUCGAGUGUUGGACUAGCCGCAUUGGCGUUCAAGCCCGCCAAAGAGAAUGCCUCGUUAGUCGACCUUCUUGAAUCCCUCGGCGUGAUCAUCAUCGCCAAGACCAACAUCCCCCAAACACUCGCGACACUGGAUAGCUGCAACCACCUCUUCGGGCGCACUUUGAACCCUUUAAAUAGGCAGUGGACUGCUGGUGGUAGUACGGGAGGUGAGGGUGCGUUGAUCGCUAUGCGUGGAUCAAUGGUCGGCUUUGGCACGGAUAUCGGUGGUAGCAUCCGUGUUCCGGCCAUGUGCCAUGGUAUCUACGGCUUCAAACCCAGUUCCGGACGUGUACCAUUUGGAGGUCAGGAAAAUGGUCAGAUUGAAGGAAAGGGUCGGAUUGGACUCCAAGCUGUGGCAGGGCCGUUGGCCCGCUCCGUGGCUGAUAUCAAUGCCAUCAUGGCGGAGAUCGUCCCACGCGCCGAGUUGUUCGGGGAGGAUGGUAUCCCAGGCUCAUGGUCAUCACAUUCUUUACCAAAAUCUCUCUCUUCUCCUCGCGGUCUCACUAUCGGCGUGCUGAAGACUGAUGGUCUUGUCACUCCUCUCCCACCUAUCACCCGUAUCUUGGAUGAAGUCGCCCAAACACUUCGCCAUACCCCCGGUGUUGAGGUCGUCGAGAUCCCACUUCCUUCAGUCUUGUCCAAAUGUCAAGCCCUAGCUGGCCGACUCAUGGGUAUAGAUGAUGGCUCCCACAUGCUUAAUCUGAUCGAGAGCAUGGACGAAGAACUCACCCCCUGGCUGCAGGGCCGUAUGAAACGCGGCAAGGAUCUGACCAUUCCUCAGCUUGCAGGAUUACAAGCCCAGCGGGCUGAAGUUGAAAAGGAAAUGCUGAAGAUGUGGACUCUAUCAAAUGGGUUGUCUAAGGCUAGACGCGUCGACGCUAUUAUUUGCCCAAUUGCUCCUCACCCGGUGCCGCAGCUCGAUCGUUACAAUGCCGUUGGUUAUACUUCUACGUUUGUCCUACUGGAUUAUCCAGCGGGCGUUAUUCCUGUUCGCCCAUUCGUAGAUUCAGAUCUGGAUAUUGGACGGGAAAUGGAUGUGCCUGUGCUGGGUAGUUGGGACAAGGCUAAUCGGCAACUGUGGAAUGAGAAAACAAUCGAUCGUCGCGUAUACCUUGGAUCCCCUCUCAGUGUCCAAGUCGUCACCCCCAAGCAGCACGAUUACGAGCUCUUCCAGGCAAUGGAGGUCAUCGACCGAGCUGUACAAGGACGCGUUGGGUCAACCAUUGCAAAGCUUUAA